UCCCAGCUUUUGGUUGAGUCCAGGGUUCCAUCAGAUCCAAGAUGGCGGAACAAGCAGCGACGUGCUGAAGUUCACUUUAAACUCUAAACCCUAACGCCUGUUGUCCUCCUACUCACGUAUUGGAUCUCUGUCAGUAAAGAACAGGACCUGGGGUCUUCCAGAUUUAUUCCAGAAAGUUCCAGAUAUGCACCGUUUACAAGGUGUCAUUUCCUGGGAUGUCAAGUCAAGGUGGCCUGAGGGGGUUCAGCCCCGAAGCAGAGGCCACCAGAAGAGAAUCUCCCACUGUUAAGAGACCGGACAACCAUCAGAAAAUGCACAUAUCCAUGGGUAGUGACACCUAAAGAGCUGCUUGAAGGAGGAAAUCUACCAAGCAGCUCAGGCUGAACUUUGGACAUUAUUUUCAGGACCCAGCUCGUCCCCACACAGAGAUCAGCUCUGUUGGUUUUGGAUUUAAAUUGAGUGAACUUCCAUUCCUCUCUCUUCAGUCUCUUGAUAUUUAACAUUUCGUCCAUCACUUAUCUAUCCCCCUCUCUGUCCGUCUUUCUCCAUCCAAUCAUCUGAGUGUGUUCUUAAAGCUGCAGGGCAGGUAAUGGAUAAUGCUGGCCAUGGUGACCUAGUGUAAAUGGCUAUUCCUCAGCAAAGCUCAGUGCCAGUAUCUACUGCUCAAUCUUCCGCCUCCAUUCCCUCCUCCUCUCAUCCCUACUCCACCUCUCUGCCUUCCUUUCCUGUUCACCGCUGCUGCUUGCUGCCCAGUCCCGCCUCCCCCCUUCAACACCAUGGUAGGUGCAGGCUUGGGUGUGUGGAAGCUAAUGAGAGGUGUCCGCCAGCUGGAGCUUCACCGCCUCAUCCUGGCCCUUAUCAUCUUCUGCUUGCUGUCUAUGGCCUUCCUAGCUUACUAUGUCUCCAACAGCCCCAAAAUCAAAGAGGCCCCCCCUUUACCAUUCAGUGACUGUGGUGGUGGAGGAGGAGGGGGGAUGUCACUGGCCUCAAGUACAGGGGCUGAUGGAGGAGGACUGGGCGUCCAGAGGGCUCCACUUUUCCUUCCCCCGCGCCAAGGUCGGCUACGACAGGUGAAGGCGAUGGACAGUUCCAGGACGCAGCCUGUAGUUCUGGUGUUCGUAGAGAGUAUCUACUCCCAGCUGGGCCAGGAGAUUGUAGCCAUAUUAGAAUCUAGCCGCUUCCGCUACCGGACAGAGAUUGCUCCGGGUAAAGGUGACAUGCCCACAUUGACAGAGCAUAACCGUGGGCGCUACACUCUGAUCAUUUAUGAAAAUGUGUUGAAAUAUGUCAAUCUGGAUGCCUGGAACCGUGACUUGCUGGACAAGUACUGUGCUGAGUAUGGAGUAGGUGUCAUUGGCUUCUUCAAAGCUAACGAAAACUCUCUUCUCAGCGCACAGCUGAAAGGUUUCCCCCUGUUUUUACACUCACACCUGGGACUCAGGGACUACCAUAUUAACCCAAAUGCUCCCUUACUCUACAUCACAAAGCCCAACCAGGUGGAGCAGGGCCCUUUACCAGGGGAUGACUGGACGGUUUUCCAGUCCAACCACUCUACCUAUGAACCAGUGCUUUUGGCCAGCACCAAGUCCUCUGAGGCGCUGGCCCAAUUUGGACCUGCCUCCAUGAGGGCCCUGCAUGCCACAGUGGUCCAGGACUUGGGCCUUCAUGAUGGCAUUCAAAGAGUUCUCUUUGGAAACAAUCUUAACUAUUGGCUUCACAAGCUGGUGUUUGUUGAUGCUAUUGCCUACCUGACAGGGAAGAGACUGUGUUUGUCCUUGGACCGCCACAUCCUGGUGGACGUGGAUGAUAUCUUUGUUGGCAAGGAGGGAACCCGUAUGAAGGUGUCGGAUGUGGAGGCAUUGCUCAAUACUCAAACAAAGCUGCGGGCGUUGGUUCCUAAUUUCACCUUCAAUUUAGGAUUUUCUGGAAAGUUCUAUCACACAGGUACUGAUGAGGAAGAUCGCGGAGAUGACAUGCUGCUACAACACAGGAUGGACUUCUGGUGGUUUCCUCACAUGUGGAGCCACAUGCAGCCUCACCUCUUUCACAACGUCAGUGUUUUGGCUGAGCAGAUGAGGCUUAACAAGAUCUUUGCUCAGGAGCAUGGCAUCCCAACAGAUAUGGGCUAUGCAGUGGCACCACACCACUCUGGGGUUUACCCAGUUCACAGCCAGCUGUACGAGGCUUGGAAGUCUGUAUGGGGCAUCAAGGUGACCAGCACUGAGGAAUAUCCACAUCUGAGGCCAGCUCGAUACCGCCGCGGCUUCAUCCACAAUGGGAUCCAGGUGCUGCCCAGGCAGACUUGUGGUCUCUUUACCCAUACGAUCUUUUACAACGAAUAUCCCGGAGGUUCAAAGGAGCUGGACAAGAGCAUCAGGGGAGGAGAACUCUUCCUCACUGUACUACUUAACCCUAUCAGUAUCUUUAUGACUCAUCUAUCAAACUAUGGCAACGACCGGCUGGGUCUCUACACCUUUGAGUCUCUGGUGAAAUUCGUCCAGUGUUGGACCAACCUCCGGCUGCAGACAUUGCCGCCUGUCCAGCUUGCAGAUAAAUACUUCCAGAUCUUUCCUGAGGAGAGAGAUCCACUUUGGCAGAACCCUUGUCAUGACAAGAGACACAAGGAUAUCUGGUCAAAAGAAAAGACCUGUGAUAGACUUCCCAAGUUUCUUGUUAUUGGACCACAGAAAACAGGCACUACAGCACUUCAUUCAUUCCUGAGUCUCCAUCCAGCAAUCACCAGCUCAUUCCCCAGCCCCACCACCUUUGAGGAGAUCCAGUUCUUCAGUGGAGCAAAUUAUGACAAUGGGAUUGACUGGUACAUGGACUUCUUCCCAUUCCCUUCAAAUGUCAGCACAGACUUCAUGUUUGAAAAGAGUGCCAAUUACUUUGAUACAGAGGUAGCUCCAAAAAGAGCUGCUGCCCUGCUCCCCAGAGCCAAAAUCCUGGCAGUGCUCAUCAACCCAUCGGACAGGGCUUACUCCUGGUACCAGCACCAGAGAGCCCAUCAGGACCCCGCAGCCCUCAACAACACCUUCCAUGCAGUGGUGACAGCAGGCCCCUCUGGACCCCGGGACCUGCUGGUCCUUCAGAGACGCUGCCUUAAUCCAGGGGCCUAUGCUACUCACCUGGAGCACUGGCUGCAGCACUACCAGCCCAACCAGUUGCACAUCGUGGACGGCGCCCUGCUGAGGUCAAACCCAGCUCUGGUGAUGGAGGGAAUCCAGAGAUUUCUCGGUGUCACUCCCAUCUUCAACUACACCCAGGCUCUCAUGUACGAUGACAGCAAAGGUUUCUGGUGUCAGCGGGUUGAAGGAGGUCGGGCCAAAUGUCUGGGGAAGAGUAAAGGCAGGAAAUACGCUGAGAUGAGUUCUGAGUCACGUGCCUUUCUGGCAGAGUAUUACCGGGAGAGCAACAUGGAGCUUCUGCGUCUGCUGAAUCGGUUGGGCCAACCGCUGCCGUCCUGGCUCCGCCAAGAACUCCAAAGCACGAGCUGGAGCUGAGGCCACCUGCUCACACGCACACACGCAGUCGACCGACACACCACAGAGAAAGCUUGGACUGUAGUCUGUGGGUCGGCCAACACUUGGCUCUGGUUUCUACUGGACUACCUGAUCUCUGAGAAACUACAGCAAACACUAAAGAAGCUAAAGGUUUUUAGCAGGUGGAACUUCUGCUCCUGUCACGUUGUGAGAUCUUUGAAGUGUUGGUAACUAAUGGAGCACAUGAACUCCCGUGAACACUGGGCCACCCUCAGCCACAGACAUUGUGUGUUGGACAUGGGGGGCUGACACUGUAAACAUGAGUUUGCUGUAAAUCCGAGGACUGGAUAAGCAGCAGGUUUAAAGUCAUAACGUAAGGAGAGAAUCUUGCAGGAUAAGACGGUGUGGGUGUUAAGUGUAUUAUCAGAUACAUGACUAACAUACGCACACACACACUCACACACACACACACACACACACACACACACACACACACACAGAAAACGUCUGACUGACUGCGAAGGAGAGCAUUCAGAAAAAGCAGUUGUGUAAAUAUAUAUAUGUAUAUGGUUUGAGGGGCAGGUGAGAAACAAAACGGCCAGUUGACAAUACAGACAGACAGCACACAUCAGACAGACAGCACACAUCAGACAGACAGCACACUUCCUGGUCCAGAAUUUUCAGUUACACACGCCUGCAGCUGAAGGUCCAGCCGACAGACUGGGCACCAAUUACUCUUUUGUCCUCACAGAUUUCCAGUCUGUUUACAACAGAUUCAGUCAUUUUAAAGUGGAUCCAGCUUAUAUAAUGACAGGUCAAUGUAAAUAUCAUGCAGCUACAUUUGGUAUUAACUAAAGCCCAAAUGCAGGAUAAGCCGUGAAAACUGGCAUCCUGUCAGCGAGUAGCUCAAGUUGACUUCGUUCAUUGACUAAGGUUGAGACAGUUUUUGAAUGUUGACAGACUGUGUUUCACUGUACUUAACUGAAUAUGUUUCACUGCUUGUAGUUGCUUUUAACUUACAUAGCAUUGUUUUUUUUUUUUAUUAUACGAUCUAUGUUUCAACAGAUGGAGUAAACCACACAUCAAACUGUUGAUCAAAGGACUAGUUUUUUUUGUCUAUGAGCAGUGUAAUAUGCAGACACAUUUCAGGAGACAAAAGAAAUCGGACCCAAAUUUGAAGUCAGGAACACUGUAACCCAACUCGUGUGGCUGACAGUGGAAAGAGUGCAAAGAAUGUUUUUAGUGGUGAGAAUCAUUUUUAUUAAAUAAAAAUGUUCUGCUUCAAAUUGACAAACUAUUUUGCCUACAAAGACAAUUUGUAAUGGAUUAUGUUUAAUGAAUAAGGAUUGCACUGUUAUGAGAAUAGCGAAGUCCUAAAAAGUAGUUCUUAAAAAUUGGUCAGAAUUUAGACAUCAUGAUACCAUCCCAGCCUUUUAAUACACCAAAUCUUUGGUUUCAAACUAGUGAAUCCUGCUUUCUGUUCACAUUCUGAAAACCAAGAUUACGUGUAUCGUGACAUCAUUUCUCAGACCUGACUAGAGGUCUUCUGAAAGCCUUUAAGUAUUUCCACUGAUAAGACUGAAUUUACUUCAACAUGUUGAAUAAGCCUAAAAUACUCAGCCCAUUCUCAAAGUAUUGUUGGGUAUAUAAAAGCUUUAUUAAUCAAAUUAUUUUUACCAUUUGAAUAGUGAUGAAUUAGUGAGCAUCUGUUUUCAGUCACAAUGACCUGAUGUGGUCAUGAGGGGCAGACCUAUUAAAAACCCUGUGUGUGUUUGACUGAGAGAGAGAACCAGAAAAGAUAAUCACGUGUCGGUUUGUUUCAGAAAAUCCUACACAAAAUGCUUAACUCACUACAUCCCCCCACACACACUCUCUCACACUCCUGUCUUCUCUGGAGGACUGUUUCUCAUAUAGUCUUUGGACAACAGAGGAGCCAGUGAGGAGUCGAUCAGAAGCUGCUGUCUUGUUUUCUGUUUGUUUUGUAUAAAUGUCCAAAAGGCCAACACUGUAUCAUCUCUAAUAAAAGCAUAGAGAGGUUGGAAAUAAAGGCUGCUGAAUCUUU